AUGCCUCCAAAGAGAAGCCCUCCCAAUCUGAAUCACUUCAUGGAGAAGCGGGUGGUGGUGAAGCUUCAAGGCGGUCGUUCCAUCUCCGGUGAGUUGCGUGGCGUUGAUAAUUUUCUGGGUGUUGUUCUCUUUGACGCCACGGAUGAAAGACCUUCCUUCAACAAUGAAGAAAAUAUGGAGAAGGUGGCUCUGGGCACAACAGUUAUCCGUGGAACCGCCAUUGUAGAAAUUGUAGGGUUGGAGGCAUAA